AUAGUGUUUUCUUGCAUUGUCACAACACUAACAUGCUGUGUAUUUCUUUUUAUUAAUGCAACCAUGUUGUUUACUCUAAGAAGUAAACCCGUGUUUGGUCAAACCUCUCGUUACAUUCUUCUCUACAACCUUCUGUUUGCAGAUACUCUACAGAUGGCACAGAGUCAGCUCAUGUUUUUACUGUCUGCUUGUAGAAUAACGUUGCUGUAUCCGAUAUGUGGUGUGCUAGUGUCACUUGCCACUCUAUUGACUUUAAUCUCUCCUCUCACACUGGUGGCGAUGUCUCUGGAGAGAUAUGUAGCUGUGUGCUACCCACUGAGACAUGCUACGAUCAUCACCGUCAGAAACACAGCGCUGGCUGUUUGUGUGGUUUGGACACUAAGUUUGCUAAAUGUUUUAAUAGAAGUUGUUCUGAUGUUACGUGUCCGAUUCCAGGAUCUGCUGCACCUUCAGAUGGAAUAUUCCUGUAACAAGGAGAAACUGACUCUUGAUCCGAUAUCUGAUCUCUAUGCCAAAGCCUUCAGUUAUUUUCUGUUUGUUUUAGCUGCAGGGGCAUUCAUUUUUUCUUAUAUUGGUGUGACUGUAGUAGCCCAGUCGGCCUCUACAGACAAAGCUUCAGCUGAAAAGGCUCGUAAGACACUGGUGUUGCAUUUGGUGCAGCUUGGUCUUAGUGUCUCCUCAACUAUACAUAACCCAAUAUUUGUCUUUAUUUACAAAACUGUGGACAGUGUCAUAGUUGUGCGCAUCCGGGUUGUUAUUUAUCUUUGUAUUAUCAUCCUUCCCAGAUGCCUGAGUUCUUUCAUCUAUGGUCUCAGAGACCGCACCAUCAGACCUGUCCUCAUGCUCAAUCUCAGAUGUCAGUGGAAAUGUCAACCUUUCCUCUGA